UGUACACAGGCAUGUCGUCGUGUAUCUUCGGUUGCUAUGCCAAACUUCUGGAAUACUGGAAUUGUUUAAGAUCUCUUGAUGACUUUUUGACAUCGACAGAACUGAUUUAACCGGUGAAGAAAACAUCAUCAUGACACGCUAAGACAGUUGAAUUUCCAUCCGGUGGUAUGACUGACUGACUGACGUCAACUGUGUUUAUGAUUGUUGUUACAUUAUAAUAUUGUUAUAAUGUUUGGGAAUUUUGUGACACAUAAUGAAAAGGAUUACAACAAAUGGGAGUACAAGAACAAAGCCUUUGCUUUGGGCACCAUUUCAUCAUAAAGCAGUCAUAUCAUCUAACAAAGGAGAAAUCAUACCAUCUCCAACUGGAAAAUCAGGAAAAUCUCAAAACACUGUCCAAAAUGAUUUCCCAACACUCCCCAAACUCUCUACAAGAAGGGCUCCUGUAAAAGUGGAGCAGGACCAGAUCACCUCAAAGAGGAAAGACAACAUCAAAGCACUGAUGUUACUCAUCACAUCCAGAAAAAACACAAUAAAAGACCUGGAGGAGCACUGUGAACAGCUUCGAGAGAGGAACCUGCAGAUGGCCAGAAGUAUUAUUGACACAGACAGAAGCUCAUUCUCCAGAGCCAAAGAACUGCUCACACAGAGAGAACAAAUGAGGAGAUCAGUGGUAGCUUUGAAAAAAUGGGAUGACAAACUUAUUAAAAGUGCUAAUGCAGAGCUGACAGAUACAGAGGAAGUGUUACAGACUAAUCUCAGCGGUUUGCAGAAGCAGUUGGACAUGGUAAAAGCAGAGGUGGUAAAGGCUCGGAAAGAGCUCCGCUUCCUGAAGACAUACAAAGAUAUGGAGUUUCCAGUCAAGGCCUUGCAGAUUGCAGACAUGAAAAGAAAACUAGAUAAACUGAAAGAGAUGCAACAGAAAGAGCAAGAGGAUAUCAAUCUGUUGUUUGAGAAAGAAACAGUCUAUUUGAAGAGAUGCCAACACCAAAGAGAACAGGAAGUGCUUUCUGCUAUUGUUGAGAAACAUGAAUCCUACAUCCCUCCCAUUGUCAAACUCGUGGCCUUACAGAAUUACACAAUGAGGGAAAAGAUUAAUGUGCACAGAAAAGUGAUAGUGGAGCUAGAGCAGAAGAACGAACAGCUAAUGAAGAGUAUUAGGGAACUGCAACUAUCGAGACCAAACAUCAGGAGAGAGAUCUUUCCAGAUGUUUUCCUGAAAUCAGAUAAGUGUACUCCAGAUAUGGACGUCCAUCUCAAUAUACCCCAAGAGGAUUUACUCCCCGUGUAGCCCUGUGCUGAAUGCAUUACCUUUUUGAGUCUUCCCCUGAGCCGCUACAUAUUACUUCAUUAAAUCAUUUUACUCAGUCAAACAUUUUUACAGAUCUUCCUUACUUUAUUUGUCUUUUCUUUCAGUUUGUUUUAUUGGCUCAAUCCUCUUUAUUUUUUUUUUCUCUAUAUAUUCUACUCAAGUGCAAGUACCGUAAUUUACUGAUGUGCCUUUAAACUUGCAAAUGCAACUGCAUACUACAUUUUAGUGUUAAGCUGCAGAUGUUAAGUGACCACUUUCCCUAAAUAGUAACAGAAUACCUCUUUAAAAAUCUGAUUUUUUUUUUUAUUAGCAUUUAUACAGUAGUGUUAAUGUAGGCAGUAGGUACACUAACAUUCAAUCUUUUGCUCACAAAAGCCAUUUAUUUGAUAAAAUACUGUAAAAAUAUAUUUUUAUGCUGAUUUUGUGCUCAAGAAAUAUUUUUAUUAUUAUCAAUGUUGAAAACUGUGGUUAACCCGAACCGCUUAACAUUUUUGUAACAAAAACAGCAUUUAUUUGAAAUAGAAAUCUCCGUAACAUUAUAAAUGUCUUUACUGUCGCUAU